AUGAAGGCUUUUUUCAUCUUGCUCUUCUUGGUUGGUUUAUGCUAUGGACAGUCAAAGCUUGGCAAGUACAAUCUUGAAAGUGAUGUGUCUGUCUCUGGACUGUCCUCAGGAUCAUACAUGGCUAGCCAGUUUCAUAUUGCCCAAUCUAAGAGGGUAAUCGGAGCUGGCCUUUUUGCUGGAGGACCUUACUACUGUGCCCAAGGAAGCAUGAUGACUGCAACUAAUGCUUGUAUGAAACUCCCCACAAGCAUUAAUGUCGCCUCACUGAAAUCUCAGACUCAGAGUUAUGCCAACAGUUUACUAGUCGAUCCCUUAUCCAACCUUGCCAACAGCAGAGUGUUCAUUUUUUCUGGAACUCGUGACUCUGUUGUCGUUCCAGGUGUGGUGAAAAAGCAGGAAGACUAUUAUACAUCCUACAUAACGAGUCCCGGAGCUAUCAAGACUGUGUAUGAUGUUCCAGCUGAGCAUGGAAUGCCCACAGACUACUAUGGAGGAGGCUGCGGGUUAACCAACCUUGAAUACAUCAACAACUGUAACUACAAUGGGGCCUAUGAAGCUCUCAAUCACAUUUAUGGGAACCUGCAGAGGCCAAGCAGCGGUGCUGCACUCACUGGACAGCUGAUCUUGUUUGACCAGAGUGAAUUCUUUAAACUGGCUCUUCCUUCAACUUAUGGGAUGGACACUGCUGGAUAUAUCUACGUCCCUUCUUCAUGCCAGAGUGGAGCAAAGUGCAGACUUCAUAUCGUCUUCCAUGGCUGCCUGCAAGCAAGGGAAAAACUUGGUGACAAAUAUGCAAGAAAUACCGGAUACAACCAGGUGGCUGAUCUGAAUAACUUCAUCAUCCUGUAUCCUCAGGCAAAAUCCAACUUGUCUAACCCCAAUGGAUGCUGGGACUGGUGGGGAUUCAGCAGCCUUUCAUAUGCUAACAAGAACGGAUAUCAGAUGACUGGCGUGGAGAGGAUGAUGCUCAGGACCCUGGGACUCUACUAA